CUCUCCUGUUGUUUGAGCAAUCUCUCUUUGUUGUAAGGAAUUGGUCAUCUGAUCUUCUUUCUGCAUCCUCAGAUUCUGCUGUAGGAGAUUAAGAUGGAGUAUGGACAGGUUCAGCAUCAAAAGUACGAAUGCCUUUUAUUCGAUCUCGAUGAUACACUCUACCCUGUAAGUUCUGGUUUAGCAGCAUCAGUUCUUAAGAACAUCCAAGCAUACAUGGUCGAAAAGUUGGAUAUCGAAGAAAGUAAAAUUCAAGAUUUGUCUAAUCUACUGUACAAACACUAUGGCACCACAAUGGCAGGUCUUAGAGCAAUUGGAUACGACUUUGACUAUGACGAGUACCAUAGUUUUGUCCAUGGAAGAUUACCUUAUGAGAACCUAAAACCAGACCCUGUUUUGAGAAGCCUUCUGCUAAGUUUGCCUAUAAGAAAAGUUAUCUUCACAAAUGCUGAUAAAGUCCAUGCCAUCAAAGCUCUUAGAAGACUAGGUUUGGAAGACUGUUUUGAAGGGAUCAUAUGUUUUGAAACUCUUAAUUCUAUUCACAACCCCGCCACAUCAGACAACGAGGAUGAUAUCGCGUUUCUAGGAUCAACACAACCAUCCCUAGCUUCAAACAGAAGCCCUGAAAUUUUCGACAUCAUAGGACAUUUCUCAAAGCCUGAUGCAGCAGCAACCAGUCUGCCUAAGACUCCAGUUGUCUGCAAACCUUCAGAAUCCGCCAUAGAAAAGGCACUUAAAAUUGCCAACAUCGACCCUAAUAGAACAUUGUUCUUUGAGGAUAGUGUCCGUAACAUUCAAUCUGGAAAACGUGUAGGACUUCAUACAGUAUUGAUUGGUAAAUCACAGAGAGUGAAAGGAGCUGAUUAUGCAAUUGAAAGCAUUCAUAACCUCCGGGAAGCCAUACCCGAGCUCUGGGAAGGUAACAAACAAGCUGAGGUCAACUACUCAUCCUCAGGGAUUACAGUGGAGACUUCUGUAACUGCUUAAUCACCUUAAGGUUAUUAUAACAGAAAGGAGAAGGCCAUGUUUGAUGGUUAUUCUUCUCUCUGGUUCACACCUGAUCAGUUGAUCAAGGCAUGUUUGUAAAUGUUCUGUCAUUAUUAAAUCAAAUAAAUAACAUAUACUAAUAUUUUCCUUGCA